AUGGAGUUUUAUUUGGAGAUCAACCCUGUCACCUUGAACCUGAUCAUCUUAGUCACAAGCUACGUCAUCUUGCUCCUGGUUUUCCUCAUCUCCUGCAUGCUGUACGAUUGCAGAGGCAAGGACCCCAGUAAGGAGUACCCUCCUGAGGCCACUCAGGAUGCCCAGCCCUCCAUCCGCUUGGUGGUGAUGCAGCAAAGCACUCCAGAAACCUCCUGGGCAAUGGGUUCCGGUGUUCAUUUAGAGGAUCCUGCUCCACAGGGGAAGAAGAGCACUGUGGUGUGA